GUCCUGCUUUUGCUUGCUAAAAACCCUGAUCCAGCUCCCCCCCUGUUGUCUUGGUAGGAGAAGGAACAGUGUGAUUGGCUGUAGAUAAUCACGUGGUAUCAGGAAUUCCCAGGACAGGAAGAAGAACUGAACUGCUGCAUGGAGGUGAAAGUUACUCCAGACAGAACUAAAUGGUGGAGAAGGGAUGAUAUGCACGCAAGUUAGGACACACUGGCAUUUACAAGCGGGUCAAAGGGCAAUGUGACGUUUUGCUUGCGUACAGUGGCUCCACAUGAGGAGAUAUAUGGGCGAGGGAGGAUGGACUUCUAAACUAUUAUCCCUCUUAGUUUGAGCAAAGAGCGCAGAUCAGUCCGGGUAUAUCUGGGUAUUUUUCACCCAAAAAAGAUGAGCAGUUCACAGCAUGCCAGGCAAACAGUGGUUAUAACAGGAGGAGGUGGUUACUUUGGACACAGACUUGGCUGUACGUUGCACCAGAAAGGAGUUAAUGUUAUCCUCUUUGAUAUACGAAAACCAGACCUGGAGGUACCUGAAGGAAUCCAAUUUGUUCAAGGAGAUGUACGUUCCCUUUCUCAGCUGGAAGAUGUGAUGACAGGUGCAAGCUGUGUAUUUCAUACAGCUUCUUAUGGGAUGUCUGGGAGGGAGCAACUCCAGUGGCAAAAAAUUGAAGCUGUCAAUGUCAAAGGCACAGAAAAUAUAAUCCAAGCUUGCAUAAACAAAAACGUUAAGAGGCUUGUAUACACAAGUACCUUUAAUGUGGUUUUUGGUGGGCAAACAAUUCGAAAUGGAGAUGAAUCUCUACCAUAUCUACCUCAGGAUGCAUUUGUAGAUAACUACUCCCGUACAAAGACAAUAGCAGAGGCCUUUGUACUCAAAAUGAAUAAUCAAGAGUUGAAAAAUAAGAGUGGCUUUUUAAAAACCUGUUCUCUUCGGGCUGCUGGUAUCUAUGGGCCUGGAGAGCAGCGACAUUUACCUAGAAUUAGAAGUGUCCUUGAAAAGGGAAUGUUCUUGUUUAUAUACGGGGAUAAUCCCCUAGUUCAGUUUGUACAUGUAGAUAAUCUUAUCUCUGCACAUAUUUUAGCAGCUGAAGCUUUAACAUCUGAAAAAAAAUACAUAGCUGCUGGUCAGCCUUAUUUCAUUUCAGACGGCCCACCGGUUAAUAAUUUUGAUUUUUUCAGGCCCUUUGUGGAAGGUCUUGGUUACAAGUUCCCUACCCUUCAACUUCCUUUAUGGUUUAUUUAUUUUCUUGCAUUUCUAAUUGAGUGGAUUCACUUCUUUGUUAGUCCUGUGUGUGACUUUCAGCCUUUUCUGACACGUUCUGAAGUUUGCAAAACAGGUGUCACUCAUUACUUCAGUAUUGAAAAGGCUAAAAGAGAACUGGGGUUUGAACCUCAGCCAUUUACAAUGCAGGAAGUGGCAGAAUGGUUUAAAAAUCAUGGUUACGGCAAACAAGACAAGAAGUUUAAAAGAAAUUACUUUAUCUGGGACAUUAUUUUUAUUUUAUUGGUGGCUGUGGUGCUGCUAUCAUGGCAUUCUAAAUUAAUAGGAACCAGUGAAUGAGUAUUUUAUUUCUAAAUGAAAUUGACUAAAUAUUCCAUAUUAUAUGUGUGUGUGUAUAUACACACACACAC